UCCGGAGGAGCUAGAGUCGGACCCGGGCCAAACCGGCCCUAAAUUGCCCUUGCCCGCACGCCCCUUGCCCACCGCCUGGAGUCGUCUCGCCCGCGGCCGAUCUCCUGCAUCCACUCGCCGCGCCGCAACCCGGAGGCCGGAGGAGACUGCGUUCAGUCGAGCACCACCUCCCAGCAUCCUCGCGACCAUCUCCGGCACGACGUCCGCCCUCUGCAGCCCCGGUGUUCCUGCGACCGUCGCUGCUGUCCUACUUCGCCGCUGGCCAGUUUGCCCCGCGACGAGCACCACCAGAACAAAGUGCCCAGAUGAGUUCGAAGAAGGUUCCGUACCACAAGCAUCGGGAGGCUGAGGAGGCGAGGAAGAAGAGGGAGGAAGAUGAAGCGGCGCGUGUAUAUGCGGAGUUUGUUGAGUCCUUCAAAGGUGACAGCUCAUCUGGGGCUAAGUUUGUCCGAGGUGGUGUGAUCGACCCCAAUGCAAAGCUGAAGAUUGACUCAGAAGGUGGAAAGUCCAAAGAUGGGGGGUCUGUUCCAAAGAAGGGCAGUAGGUAUGUUCCAUCGUUCUUGCCACCAUCGUUUGCGAAAGAGCCUGAGAAAAAGAAAGAAGAGGAGAGGCCAAAGGAAAAGGAAAAAGGAAAGCCACGAGUAAUAGAUAAAUUCUUGGAGGAACUCAAGUUUGAACAAGAGCAACGGAAAAAGCGCAAUCAGGAUCGAGAUCACCGCCAUGAAGGUCGUCACAGCGACAGCUCCAUGCCCUCUAGCCGGUUUGAUGAACUACCAGAUGAAUUUGAUCCGACUGGAAGAUUUCCAGGAUCAUUUGAUGAUGGUGAUCCUCAAACCACGAACUUAUAUGUCGGCAAUCUAUCUCCUAAGGUCGAUGAGAAUUUUCUUUUGAGGACCUUUGGUCGGUUUGGACCUAUUGCUAGUGUCAAGAUUAUGUGGCCUAGAACAGAAGAGGAACGCAGAAGGCAAAGAAAUUGUGGUUUUGUUGCCUUCAUGAAUAGAACAGACGGACAGGCAGCAAAGGAUGAAAUGCAAGGUGUUGUUGUGUAUGACUAUGAACUGAAGAUUGGAUGGGGUAAAUCUGUUGCUCUUCCAUCACAAGCUUUGCCUGCUCCUCCUCCAGGACACAUGGCAAUCAGAAAUAAGGAGGGUGGUACAGUCGUACUUUCUGGUCCUGGUGGCCCUGCUGUUGCAUCUGUUACACCACAAACCUCAGAGCUGGUCCUUACACCAAAUGUUCCUGAUAUUGUGGUUGCUCCACCUGAUGAUGGACGUCUUCGGCAUGUGAUUGACACAAUGGCUCUGCACGUACUUGAUGGUGGAUGUGCUUUUGAACAAGCUGUAAUGGAGAGAGGGCGAGGAAAUCCUAUAUUUGAUUUCUUGUUUGAUCUUAAAUCUAAAGAGCACACAUAUUACGUUUGGAGGCUAUACUCAUUUGCUCAGGGUGAUACUUUACAACGAUGGAGAACAGAACCAUACAUCAUGAUCACAGGAAGUGGAAGAUGGGUUCCACCUCCCUUGUCAUCCAACAGAAGCCCUGAACGUGAAAAGGAAUCUACAUUUGCUGCUGGUAGAAGCAGGCGUGUUGAAGUGGAGCGGACAUUGACUGAGUCACAACGUGAUGAAUUUGAGGACAUGCUGCGAGCUUUGACAUUAGAGAGGAGCCAAAUAAAAGAUGCCAUGGGAUUUGCCUUGGAUAAUGCUGAUGCAGCUGGGGAGAUUGUUGAGGUUCUUACAGAAUCCUUGACACUCAAGGAGACGUCUAUUCCAACAAAGGUUGCUCGGCUUAUGCUAGUGUCUGACAUCCUUCAUAACAGUAGUGCUCCUGUGAAGAAUGCAUCUGCAUUCCGAACGAAAUUCGAAGCUUCUUUGCCAGAUGUUAUGGAGAGCUUCAAUGACUUGUACCGCAGUAUCACUGGAAGGAUAACUGCUGAAGCUCUGAAGGAGAGGGUUAUGAAAGUUCUACAAGUUUGGGCAGACUGGUUCCUGUUUUCUGAUGCAUUUCUGAAUGGGCUGAGGGCUACUUUUCUGAGAUCAGGCAACUCUGGUGUCGUUCCGUUUCACUCGUUAUGCGGUGAUGCACCUGAAAUUGAAAAGAAAGGUAGCUCUGAGGAUGGAAAUGAUGGAUUUAAGCUUAAUGAAGAUGGUGCCUUGGCUACUGGAAAGGCAGCAGCAACAAAGGAGCUAUUAGGGCUCCCACUAGCUGAACUUGAGCGUCGUUGUAGACAUAAUGGCCUCUCUCUGUGUGGUGGUAAAGAAAUGAUGGUCGCCAGGCUGCUUAACUUGGAAGAGGCUGAGAAAGAACGAGUAUAUGAGAAGGAUGUUGACAUGAAAUAUGUGCAGGGUGAACAGCAUACGAUUGGAAGUGGUGUGAAUACUUCAAAAUUUGGUGAAAGUCCUAAUGUUGAUGAAUUAGAUGUCUCUCGGAACAAUAUGAGAGCUGGUAAAGGACGUUCUGGAGAAUCUGCUUUUGCCGAACUUGAAUCAUUUCCAAGCAAGAAGCCGAAAUAUGAUCCUGUUUUGCCAGCUUCUAAAUGGAGUCGAGAGGAUGACAUCAGUGACGAUGAAGAUAGAAAAGGUGGUCGAGGCUUGGGAUUAAGCUAUUCAUCUGGAAGCGAUAUUGCUGAUGAUCUUGGAAAGGUCGAUACAACAGAAGCUAGUACCGACCACACAAGUCAUCAUCACGAUACGAUUGUUGAUGAAGAGCACAGGCAGAAGUUGAGGCAGAUUGAAAUUUCUGUCAUGCAAUACCGUGAAUCUCUUGAGGAGCAGGGUCUGCGUAACUUGGAUGAGAUUGAGAGGAAGGUUGCCAGCCAUCGAAGGCGGCUUCAGUCAGAAUACGGUUUAUCCACUUCAGCUGAUGGUGCUAACAGGCGAUCUUCUGAAAGAACAUCAUCAGAGCGGAAAGAGAGGCGUGACGAUGCACAUGAUUAUCCUAGGAAACGGCGUCGGAGCCAGAGUAGAAGCCGCAGCCCUCCAAGGAAGUCACAGGAGAGGGAUCGAGAGCACAAUCGAAGUAGAGACCGAUCGCAUGGCAACGAUGCCGGGAGGGAUAGGGUGCGCGAGAAAAGUGCAAGCCGAGGGCGAGACGACCACUACGACAGAAGCCGAGACAGAGAGAAGGACAGGAGAAAGGGGAGGUGACCGACCUGAAACCAUCUUCACCACUCACCAUUUGCCUGGACUGAAGGGCCCAGGAGCAAUGCGAUAUUUGAGCUGGGCUACACGCCCACCAGCAGCAACAUCAGUAAACAUAUCUUCCGCACCAGGCAGGUUACCCUGGUCUGCUCCAUGCAUUGUCUGUUAUAAUAGUUCUGAGGAUUUUAAGUUCGAGGUUUUGUAGAGAAGACUUGUUUGUAACUGGUUGAAAUUUUGCGGAUUAAGAUGUAUCAGAUGUGCAGUUUAUACUGAAAACCAAUGUUGAAUACACCUAGACCCAGAAUUGUCAGUAUCAGAGAACCAUGGUAUGGACUGUGAUUC